GAGGAGCAGAGCCAGGGAGCCAUCUACACAGUGGAGUACGCCUGUAGUGCCGUGAAGAACCUUGUCGACAGCAGCGUCUACUUCCGCAGUGUGGAGGGCCUCCUCAAACAGGCCAUCAGCAUCCGGGACCACAUGAAUGCCACCCAGGGCCACAGCCCCGAGGAGUUGCCCCUGCCCUCCUCGGCCUGAUCCCAGAAGAGACUUGGAGGUGCUUUGGCCCCUCCAACCAGACCAAGGUUGCUCUGCCCAGCCUAGGACGAUGGGGAGGAAAAAAAUACAGAUCUCACGCAUUCUGGACCAAAGGAAUCGUCAAGUGACAUUUACCAAAAGGAAGUUUGGGCUGAUGAAGAAGGCCUACGAACUGAGCGUGCUCUGCGACUGUGAGAUUGCUCUCAUCAUCUUCAACAGCGCCAACCGCCUCUUCCAGUAUGCCAGCACGGACAUGGACCGUGUGCUCCUCAAGUACACGGAGUACAGCGAACCCCACGAGAGCCGCACCAACACCGACAUCCUCGAGACACUGAAGCGGAGGGGUGUGGGCCUCGAUGGGCCAGAGCUGGAGCCAGAGGAGGGGCCUGAGGGCCCGGGAGAGAAGCUUCGGAGGCUGGCAGGUGAUGGGGGUGAGCCAGCCUUGCCCCGACCCCGGCUCUAUCCAGCAGCCCCCGCCAUGCCCAGCCCAGACAUGGUAUAUGGGGCCCUGCCCCCACCAGGCUGUGACUCCAACGGGCUUGGGGAGGCCCUGCCGGCCCAGAGCCGCCCAUCCCCCUUCAGGCCAGCAGCCCCCAAAGCUGGGCCCCCGGGCUUGGCCCAUCCUCUCUUCUCACCAAGCCACCUUGCCAGCAAGACACCGCCACCCCUGUACCUGGCAGCAGACGGGAGGAGGCCAGACCUGCCUGGAGGCCUGGCAGGGGCCCGAGGGGGACUGAGCACCUCAAGAGGCCUCUACAGUAGCCUGCAGAGUCCAUGCUCGGCCGCAGCUCCAGGACCCUUCCCUUUCCUCCCAGCAGGCCCCCCAGAAUAUGGCCUGGGAGACCCCCCUCCGCCCCCCGGCUUGCUGCAGCCCCCUUCCCUGGCCCCCUGGCAGCCCUCGAGGGGUGAUGGGCCCCUAGCCGGCCUUGCCCAGCCCAGUGGGGGCCGCAGCCUGGGCGAGGAGGGUGCUCCAGCCCGCGGUGCCUCCCCACUGACCCCCCACGUCAGCAUCAAGUCCGAGCGCCUCUCGCCAGCACCCGGUGGCCCCGGCGACUUUUCCAAGACCUUCCCCUACCCCUUGCUCCUGGCCCGGCCUCUGGCAGAGCCCCUGCGGCCCGGGCCCCCGCUGCGCCGGCUUCCCCCUGCAGAUGGCUGGCCCCGGUAGUGGACCCGGGGGGUGGGGGUGGGGGUACUGGCCUUGACCCCCCCACCAGGCCGGGCGAGGGCACGAGGACUCCCAACCUCCCUCCGGGUGUCCUCAGAGAAGACCCAAUGGAUGUGACGCCUCCACGGUGGUCCUGGAGGAGGAAGGCUGGGCUGGAUCCAUGGUCCCGGCUCUGUCGCCCCUUCCUGAGUGUGUACCCACCAAUAAAGCACGUGGGCUCCAUGGAUGAA